CCCACCGAAAGGUUCUCCGAGCGUGGGCACGGCUUUAUACCCUUCCCAAUCUAGGCUUCCAUCCAGAAGAGUUCACGGAAUGGACGGUUGAGAUUGGCCUCUCAAUUAAGGUAAACAUUUAUUAAAUUCCCUGGAACAAUGCAUUGAUGCAGCAAUCGAGUGCUUCCAACGGUCGUAUUAUUUUCGAAUUUGAACCUUUCAAGCUCCAAGCAAAGAAAAGUUAGGAAGGAAACUCUUAUCGGCUCCCUGUCUCAAUCUCCCCGUUCCAAGAUUUCAGAGAUCUCUGAAAAUUUUUCAGCUGAGAAUAUCGGAUCCCAUGGAAGGGAGCCAGCAGAGCGCUUUCUGCCCAUACCGGGAAACCGUAACCCUAGAUUCCGGUGUUUUGAGCCCGUCUUUCUGGACGAAAAAUUCAGAGAAGUCUCCCGUAGUUGACGCCGAUUCGACGAUGGGCGUCACCGCCGAUGAUUCUUUUGAUUCGAUGAUCUUGGUUUCUGGGUCGAGGCUAGUCCAGUGCGGGCUUAGGGAGAUGGAUUGCCGAGAUGAUGUUGUAAUGUUUGUGAAUUCUGGUGGCUCUCCAAUAGAAGGACGAGAUUCCCAUAUAAAUUUUCUGGGUGACUCUUAUUUUCGAGGCGGAGAUGUAAUAAAAACCAAUGAGCCGAUAGUUGAAGGGGGUGAUUACCCAUCUCUGUAUCAGUCUGCACGUUAUGGAAAUUUCUGCUACAAGUUUGAAGGUCUUGCACCUGGAGACUAUUUUGUAGAUCUGCACUUUGCAGAGAUAGUUAACACAUAUGGACCUAAAGGAAUUAGGCUGUUUGAUGUUUCCAUGCAAGAAGAGAAGGCAAGGAGACAAAUUUUUGUUUAUUGAUCUUUUUUAUUGGGAUCUAGAUAACCAUUUGUGGAGGUUUCUGAAAGUCUCUUUCCAUGUAAGCAUUGCAGAUACU